UCCAGGCUGGCCGGCUUCCUGGAAAGGGAGGGAGGGCGGAGAAACGCAAAGCCUCCCAGCCGUGCCGCCCGGGUGGCUGCCUGGGACCGCCCCACCCCCUCCCCAGCUGGCUGCCCUGCCGGUGCCAGGCGGCUCACCUGCCGCAGCCCAGGGCACUUCCUUCUCCUCCCUUGCCCAGCCUCCAGCUGCGGGCUAAGGGUUUUCAGCCGGCUCCGCAGCUCCAGGCUGUGUGAGCUCCGGCAAGCUGCUGAACUGCUCUGUGUCCAUUAUCACUCCCUCCCCCACCCGGCGUUGAAGCUAGUAACACUCGGAGGGGCAGAGCUCUUUGUAAACGCCCCAGCCCUUCCUUCUCGCCCCUCUGGUUGGCGAGGACACAGUAGGCGCACAGAAAUGGCGCCCACCUCUAUGCUGCUGCAGGGGAAGGCCGCGUUGCGCACCCCCGCUGGGGCACUCCGCGGACGGAUGCAGCCCCAGCGACUCCAGUUGCACUCGAAGCUUUCCAGUGGGAGGCGUGGGUGUGCUCAGCAGCUGGGCAGAGGCUACUCGCCAGGCUUUGCCGGUGGGGGGGGGGGGGGGGGGCCGGCCGGGCCGCCCAAUUGGGACCGGCCCACCCGCGCGGGCCCCAGCCCCCACGCAGAGUUCUGCGGGGCUGCGCCAGAGGGGCGGGGCCUGGGUUUCGGUUUCUUGCAAACUCCGCGGCCAGAGGGAAACCGAGGAGUUUCCGGGAACCGCGCCGGGAACGCUGAGGUUCGCGCGGCGGCGUGGGGCGGGGGACGGGCGCCCGUCCAGUAUCGCGGGUCAGUAGCCCUCUGGAAGUUCCAAGAGGAGCUGGGGAAAACCGGUCCCGGAAAAGCCCCACCUGAAUGCACCUGCCCCAGCCCCCACCCAGUAGGCUUCAUGCCCAGCACAGAGACCAACGCGGGGCUUGAACUCAAGACCCUGAGAUCAAGACCUGCCCUGAGAUCAAGCCCUGAGAUCCAGACCUGAGCUGAGAUCAACAGUCAGAUGCUCAACAGAUUGAGCUAUCCAGACGUCCCUCAAGUUAAUUUUUUUAAACCAAACUGCAUGUGAGAUCAUGUUGGGUACUUUGUGCUAAGAUCAAAGUGGAAUAUAGUCAAUAAUGUAUUAGGGUUGUAUGGCAACAGAUGGUAGCUACACUUGUGGUGAGCAUAGCAUAUAGUAUAAAUUUGUUGAAUCACUAUGUUGUACACCUGAACUAAUGUAACAGUGUAUUAGCAAUACUUCAAAAAAAAAAAGAUCACAGCAGGAGACAUAUAAAGUCUGGUAAUUUUAUUGCUGUUAAUUCCUGGUAAUUUCAUUGCCAAUCAUUGCUAAUUUCCUAUGUUACUUUGAGUCAUAAAAUUUUCCUUUAAAAGUGCGGUGGGGCACCUGGCUGACUCAGGCAGUAGAGCACGUGACCCUUGAUCUUACUGAAUUGUGAAUUUGAACCCCAUGUGUAGUGUAGAGAUUGCUUGAAAAUAAAAAAUAUUUUAAAAAAAUAAAAAAUAAAUAAAAGUGGGGUAAUUACAUGUUGGGGCUUUACUUUUAUUGCUGCCUGAAAAAAAAGAUCUUCAUCACCUGAAACUUAGAGUGAUAAGUAAAAUAAGAUACAGGUUUGCUUUUUUCUUCCUACUGAUAUUCAAAUAUCCAAGCAAUACAAAUGGUGGUAGUGGGGAAAAAAAUGGUCUUGGUGGUUACACAACUAUUUACUUUUUUCAAAAGUCAUAGAACUGUACUCUGGAAAAGGAAGAAUUUUAGUGUAUGUAAAUUUUGCUUAAAUAAACUGACUGUAAAAAUA